AUGCAGCCCAAUACAAAAUUGGAUCAGAAUGAUGAUUACGGCAAUCUCAUGUUCACGGGGAAUGAUAGCGAUGGAUCUCCCGUGGAGGCUGAGACAGAGCACACACCCCUGCUUGAGGGAGGGCCCGUCACAUACUCGAAUGCCAUUACACAGACGACUCCGUUAGCAGACCACAAGGCUGAUACGGGAACCACAACGAAGUCUAAUGUUGUUAUGAAGACUGAGGCCGCAGACUACGUGGCAAGUCCUCUUGGAAGGUCAUUGAGUGACAGUACAGAAACCGACGAAACGUAUUGUACAUUCGAAGGAUGCGUAGACGAUUUCGGACGGCCUAAAAAAUUCAGCCGCAAAGCCGACGUCGUUCGCCACUACAAAUCCCAACACCGACCCACAUUCGUCUCCUGCCCCCGCAAAAACUGUAUUCGCAAAGGGGACCGAGGAUUCACUAGGAUCGAUCAUCUCACCGAACACCUACGAGGGUUUCACAUGGAAGACAUCCCCAAGAAAGCCUCCAUCAAGAGAUCUGCCAGUACAGACGAUGCUGGAGAUAAUGAUGGUAGUAGUGAGAUACGAACAACAUCUGCUUCUGCAAUGGUGGUAUUCGAGUUUCGAGAAGCAAAGACUUGGAAUGGAUCUGGAUCUGGAUCCGGCAAAGUCGACCCAGAAUGUAUGGUGGGUGUGUCAAGUUCUGAAGAUUGGCAAAGAGAAAUGAAGAAAAAGAGAAAGGCAAUUCGACGGCAACAAAAGGUGAAUCAUCAUCACCAUCAUCAUCAUCGAGGGAGGUUGGUAGUAGAAACCAUGAACAUGAAAAUGAACACGAACAUGAAAACAGAAGACAACAAGCCAGCAGCGCCAGGAUUGAUGAUGACAAAGUCUAACAUCGACUAUGGAGGCCAGGCACAGACAAGCUAG